CUGCACUACGGCACCAUCAUGGACAGCAGAGCUUGUGUCAAAAUGGCAGCAGCUGCCUGGGGUACUGGUUUUCUCUAUGCUCUCCUGCACACUGCUAACACAUUUUCAAUACCACUCUGCCAAGGCAACACAGUGGACCAGUUCUUCUGUGAAGUUCCCCAGAUCCUCAAGCUCUCCUGCUCAGAAUCCUACCUCAGGGAAGUUGGGCUUCUUGUGGUUAGUCUUUGUUUAGUCUUUGGGUGUUUCAUUUUCAUUGUGCUGUCCUACGUGCAGAUCUUCACUGCUGUGCUGAGGAUCCCCUCUGAGCAGGGCCAACACAAAGCCUUUUCCAUGUGCCUCCCGCAUCUGGCCGUGGUCUCCCUGUUUGUCAGCACUGCAAUGUUUGCCUACCUGAAGCCCGCCUCCCUCUCCUCCCCAGCUGUGGAUCUGGUGGUGGCUGUUCUGUACUCAGUGGUGCCCCCAGAGGGGAAGCUGGAGGUGCCCGGAGAGCACAGGGGACUCCUGGGAGAGUGUGUGCCUGGUGUGGGCAGUGAGGGGAGCCUCACAGAAGGAAAGAUCCUCCAAGGUGGAGUCAUCUAA